AUGAGACACUCAACCACGAGGUUGCUCUUCAGCGCUUCACGACCUCGUCUGCCAGCGCACCCGUUACUGAUUCGGCCUCGAGUUUUCAAUCCUCCACUUCGUAGGCAUGCUUCCACUUCUCAAGAGAAGCCGUCUCGACUGGUCAAUGUUCUAUAUGCCGCCACUCUUGCUUUGGGUCUGGGGAUCAUCUACGUCUACGUCACUGAUACUCGAGCAAGCAUCCAUCGUUACGUGGUCAUUCCAGCCCUGAGACUGGUCUAUCGCGAUCCCGAAGAUGCACACCACGCAGGCAAUGGGAUUCUGAAAUCUCUCUGGGACUUUGGUCUACAUCCACGGGAACGAGGCGACCCGGACCAGAACCAUGACCUUGAGGUCGAAGUCUUCGGGCAACGCCUCCGAAAUCCUAUCGCCACUUCUGCAGGUAUAGAUAAACAUGCCGACAUACCGGAUUUGCUGUUUGACAUUGGCCCCGCAAUAAUCGAGAUUGGAGGAACGACGCCACUGCCCCAAGCGGGCAACGAAAAGCCUCGUGUGUUCCGGUUGACAUCACAACAAGCGAUGAUUAACAGAUAUGGCCUCAACUCCGAAGGUGCUGACCAUGUGGCCAUGAGACUGCGAAACAGGGUGAGGAAGUUCGCACACUCUCUUGGCCUUGGUGAUGAUGAGAUCGCGGAGAAGGCUGUGCUCGAUGGUAUCGCAGGCGUCCCUCCCGGAAGCUUAACUCCAGGAAAACUACUCGCUGUCAACAUUGCAAAGAAUAAAGCCACGCCAGAGGAUGAUGUCGAGGCCGUCACUAACGACUACGUUUACUGUGUUGAGAAGCUUGGGCCAUAUGCUGAUAUCCUAGUCGUCAACGUUUCCAGUCCCAAUACCCCUGGUCUUCGCUCACUACAACAGUCCGACAAGCUGCGGGCAAUCUUGAGUGGGGUAGUGGAUGCGGCUAGAUCGGUGCAAAGGCGAACGCGGCCAUAUGUAAUGGUCAAAGUGAGCCCAGACGAAGAUUCAGAGUCGGAAAUUGCUGGGAUAUGUGAUGCGGUCUGGGCAGCCGGUGUCGAUGGAGUCAUUGUCGGGAACACCACGAAUCGCCGACCCGAGCCACUUGCUCACCUGAAAAAGUUGUCACCUCUCGAGGAAAAAAAUAUGCUCGAAAAAGGAGGAUUUUCCGGGCCUCACCUUUUUGAAAAAACGGUUGAUCUGGUGAAAAAAUACAGGAAGCUUCUAGUCGAGAAGCCCGCGUCGGUCGACACGGUGAACACGCCGAGCACAAGAAAAGGGGCGCUAGAAGCUGAAGCAGAUCGGAUCAAGGCAUCUCUGGCAUCCAGCGCUGAAGAAGCCACCCUUGCCGACACACCCUCCUCGAGCUCAGACAAAAUCACCACGUCUGUUGAUAGUGGCGUUGUGCCAGCCAGUGGCAUGCUUCAACAGAGUGGUGCGGACAAACAACCUCUCCUCGCUCUUCCCAACGAUCGCCAGUAUGAUAAGACACAGCAAGAGACAGAAAAUGCCGAGGUGGCGGAAGCGGCCGCACCUGAUGCAGAAGUACGCUUGGCGGAAGAGAAGAAACAACUUCAGUCAAUUCAGGAGGCCAUUGAGCGACUCCCUCCUCGGGCGCAGCGUGACGCCCUCGACCGACUUGAGAUCGAUCCCGCACAUCUGGAAUCCGUCGAUCAACCCAAGGUAAUUUUUGCGACUGGAGGCAUCACCAACGGCAAACAAGCCCUCGAAGUUCUCAACGCGGGUGCCAAUGUGGCUAUGGUUUAUACUGCCUUGAAAUGA